AUGGUAAAAGAGAGUCUCCGAGCCUGGAUCCAGGACGCUGAGGAUAUCCUGGUGCACAUCAAUGUUGGAGGCCUGAAGCGCAGCCUGUUCUCGAGCACUCUAAGUAAUUUCCCCGAUACACGUCUGGGACGCCUGCUGGCCUGCGAGUCCGAGGAGGCCAUAUUGCAAGUUUGCGACGAUUACGACGCUCAACAAAAGGAGUUUUACUUUGACCGCAACCCGGGACUCUUCCCUUACGUGCUGCAAUUCUAUCAGACCGGCAAACUCCACAUCAUGGAUGAACUGUGCAUCUUCUCUUUCUGCCAGGAAAUUGAAUACUGGGGAAUCAAUGAGUUCUUCCUGGACAGCUGCUGUAGCUACCGUUACCACGAUCGCAAACUAGAGAGCCGCCACAAGAGCUGGGAUGAGGAGAGUGAUGUUAGCAGUGUGGACACUUCUGUGGAUGAGAUCUCAGACCUGAACAAGGACAUCCAGCACUUCCAGGAAAUGUGCUGUGGAAACGCCCGGAAGUACCUGUGGCUGACUCUGGAGAACCCGGGCUACUCCAUUCCCAGUAAGCUUUUCAGCUUUCUCUCCAUAGCUGUGGUUCUGACCUCCAUAUCCAUCAUGUGCAUUAACAGCCUUCCGGAGUACCAGCACUUUGACGAGGAUGGCAAACAAGUGGAGGAGCCGACCCUGCAAGCGCUGGAGUUCUUCUGCAUCUGCUGGUUCACCUUUGAGGUAGUGACGCGGAUGCUUUUGGCGCCCAACAGGAGAAAGUUCUUCCGCCACCCGCUUAACAUAAUCGACAUUGUGUCUGUGUUGCCCAUCUAUAUCACGCUGCCUAUUGACCUGGCGUUGGGCAGUGAAUCAGAGCUGGGGAACCUGGGCAAAUUGGUGCAGGUGUUCCGCCUCAUGAGGAUAUUCAGGGUUCUGAAGCUGGCCAGACAUUCAACAGGCCUCAGGUCUUUGGGAGCAACGCUAAGGCACAGUUACAGGGAGGUUGGCAUCCUGCUGCUGUACCUGGGCGUGGGUGUGUGCGUGUUCUCUGGCUUUGCCUAUACUGCAGAGUAUGAGGAGGACGUGGGGCUGGAUACCAUUCCUGCCUGCUGGUGGUGGGGCACCGUCAGCAUGACCACCGUGGGCUACGGCGAUGUGGUGCCCGUCACGGUGGCCGGCAAGCUGGCGGCCAGUGGCUGCAUCCUGGGUGGGACCCUGGUGGUGGCCCUGCCCAUCACUAUCAUCUUCAACAAGUUCUCUCACUUCUACCGCAAGCAGAAGGCCCUGGAAGCCUCGGUGAGAAACAGCAACAAGAAGAAGGUCAAAGUGUGCAGUGACAAUGUGCAGGAGGAAGAGGAUGAGGAUGGGGGUUUGGAUAGGGAUAGCCAGUGUCUGGAGGAGCUGGAUGAGGAUGAAGAUGAUGGAGGAGUGGUAAAUUAUAGCUAUGUGGAUCAUCCACCGCUGCCUAUGGAGAGGUCCAGCCCGUUGGCGAGGAGGAAAGAGUUCUUCAACUCUGAGUGCUUCACCAUAAACACAGGACAGAUGACAGAAUAA